AUGUCCGUCAAAUCUCCAGGCCCGAAGCCGAAGGGCCAAAAGAAAAGGCCAAAGUUCAUUCGUGUGGGCCAAUCUCUUUAUCGAGUCAACGGAAACUACCGUUUGGCCUACCGACGGUUCUACGGCAGGGACAUUACCAUGCAAGAGCAGUAUGACCAUGCAGCGCGGCGGCAUCACCUAGUGCAGAAUCUGAAGGAUAGGUACUUGGUCAAGGCAGGGCAAGUUCCGGAUCUCCAACUGGAAGUCCCCGGAGCAUCAAUCGUGCAGGAGCAUCCGGCCAAUCACGCGAUCCCUGCCGAGAAGAGGUGCCGGCCCACAUUGGAUCCUGCCUACCGUGCCAACAAUCUCGAAAGGACUCCACGGCAGCAGGACCUGGCCCACCUGCCGAAACGCCCCCCACUUCGAGCAAAGGGCAUGACUCUCGAGUCGAUUGGCAAUGUCAUCAUGCGCGAGACAGAAGAGUUGCAGAGCAAGCGCAUCAAGCGCAUGCACGUGCGCGAUGCUGACGGGGUUGAUGGCUGGGUCAGCAUCCGCAAAGAGAGUGACGAGGAGCUUUGGGCUCUCAUCCCACCCAUCACUGCUGGAUGCAAGCUGUAUUCCAAAGAGGACGAGCUUCGCUUCUACGACGUUGAGUCCUGGGAUGUCAUUUGCCACGUGCGGCGAGGUGAACACAUGUUUGCUACCGGCCCGCCGGUGUCCAACGAGGGUUACACGAUGGUGCCUGUCCGUUUGAAAAACGGUGCGAUGGGGGCCGUGCAAUUAGAAUUGGUAAGCCAAAGGCCCGAAGUGAGGGGUGUCCCUCAAGGGACGGGUCAUCGCCACGAGCCGGAGGUCGAAGUUACUCCCUGGGACUUCGAGUUGGUGCACCGGCUUCCUGCAAAGGGCCCGUGCAUCCUGCGCAUCGUUAUCUAUGGUGACGGCUUGACCGGCGAGGAUGACCCCGUGUAUGCACAUCGAUUUGCAGCUGAGCUCGACUGCGAGGGCUUGAAGCGCACGGGUCCCGGCUUGGGCUCCCUUCUCCGACCGGAGAAGGAUUCUCCUUCUGUGGGCCUUGUUAUCCUUACUGCCGGCAUCAACGACAUUCUUCGAGAGUACAAUAAGAGGGAGCCGCACCAGAUCGUGGAGGCGCUCCAGACCUUGCAUCAUCUGUGCAACAGCCUGGGUGUCCCAACUGUAGCUGUUGGGAUGCCGGAUGUCGGAGCGACAUCCUCCAAGUUCAUUGGCGGUGCCCGGAAGCAGGUCAACAACUUGUUGGCAAAGUGGGUCGAGGAAUCCCCACCUGGCAGCCCGCGGCUUUUUGUCAAUCCGGCAGCUUUGCUUCCCCACGGGCCGCGUGCCAAACGCCAUGGCCUUUGGCGAGAUGAGCUCCACAUGUCUACAAAAGGCAGCGAGCUCCUUGGACUCCGCCUGGCACAACAAGUCAUGCCUUUGGUGAAGGAGCUACACUCCCACUCCAUCCUGGAUGCCGCGGAUCCAAGCGCACUGCCCUUGAGCGUCUACAUGGAGGCGGUGGAAGUCCAUGAGCGGAGCCACUUGAUGGAGAAAGCAGCCUCAAACUUCAUGCCAGUCCUGCAGAAAUGGCAGGAGCCAGCUGCCAUCCUGCUUCAGCGAUCCUGGCGGCGAAGUAAGUGCGCUCCACCAGAUGCUGUGGAUUCCAAGACUUGGCUGGAAACUCUCCAUCUAUACUUGGGCCGAUGCCUGCACUGGUGCUGCUAA